AUGACACCACGAAUGGGAAGAAGAAAAUUCCGUUAUCUCAUCCGCGCUAUUGAAUCUCAAGACGAAGAGUACAUAAAUAAAUUAAAACCCGAAAAUCUCCAUAUUAAUGAAGCUCGCCCAAUUCUCGGAAAUCCUCUACAUAAGGCGGCACGAGUCGGGAAUUAUAGAAUUUUUAAAAAGUUAAUAGAACUUGGUGCUGAUAUAAACCUACGACUUUCAGCAACUGGAACACCGAUACUUCAUAGCGCCAUGAUAUCCUGCAAUUACGAUAUCGUAAAGUAUUUGAUUGAACAUGGCGUAGAUGUUAAUGCCAUGUCGAAAAACCAUGUUAGCGGUAUUGUAGAAACUGCAUUGCACUUGGCCUAG